AAGCGUUGCUAUGGCGGCCCGCCCUCUGCUCUGCUCUGCUCUCUGUAGCUGCUCCUCUCUGCUGUGAGCCAGCAGCCAGAGAGACAUGGUGUAGGAUAUCAGGACAAACAGCGGCCAGAGAGAGGAUCCAGGACUCAAGGCUUCACGUAUACGGCACAGGAGAGCCAUUCAGAAGAGCCGGGGGUCAAAGGUGAGAAGAGCAGAGGGCACCAUGGAGAGUGAGCCGGGGGCCCCUGCCUCCACGGCCAACAGCACCGGGACCACCAGCACCACCUCCUCCGCCGCCGUCGCCGCCACCUCCUCCAGCACCAUAGCUGCCAGCAGUAGUAGUACCUCUAACACUACUGCUACUACUUCUACCACUUCCAGUAGUGGUAGUAGUAGUAACACUAACAGUAGUGCCAGUAGUAGUGCUACAGUAGGAAGACAGACAGUGCCUCAGAUAUCUGUUUACAGUGGGAUACCUGACCGACAAACCGUGCAGGUGUUCCAGCAGGCGUUACACAGACAGCCUAACACAGCAGCACAGUACUUGCAGCAGAUGUACGCCGCUCAGCAGCAACAUCUGAUGCUUCAAACCGCAGCCCUCCAGCAGCAGCACAACCUCAGCGCCGCUCAGCUCCAGAGCCUGGCUCAGGCCAGUAUCGCAGCUGGCCGGCAAAGCUCCUCACAGAACGGCACUUCAUCCCAGCAAACAGGAUCAACUCAGGCUACGAUCAACCUGACCACCUCCCCGGCAGCAGCUCAGCUGAUCAGCCGGGCCCAGAGCAUCAGUUCCAACCCCACCAGUAUUUCCCAGCAGGCUGUUCUGCUGGGCAGCCCAUCUAGCCCCACGCUCACGGCCAGCCAGGCACAGAUGUACCUACGUGCACAGAUGGCCCAGCAGAAUAACCUGGUGCAGGUGGCGAGGAGCCUGGGCCGAGCUGUUCCUCUGUCCCCGCAGCUCAUCUUCACUCCAACGGCCACAGUGACGGCUGUCCAGUCAGAGAGCUCCACGCAGGCCUCCUGUCAGAAUCAGGUCCAGAAUCUGGCCAUCCGUGGCCAGCAGGUGGCGACCACGUCCUCCUCUCAGACUCAGACCCUGCAGGCUCUCAGUCUGAAGCAGAGCCCCGUGCCCAUUCAGCCUGCCUCACUGAUCAAGAAUCCCAGCCAAAUGACGCACACCUCCACAGGAGGGAAGGCCAGCUCCUCGGAUGGCUCACAUGAAGCAGGGAAGAAAGGGGACAGUGUGGCGGUCACAGAGGUCCGAGCUAUAAACAUGAGCCGCAACGUCACAGCCAUCAGUGCUCAGCCUCUGAUCGCUCCAGCAUACACACAGAUUCAGCCCCACUCCCUGGUUCAGCAGCACAAGCAGCAGCAGCAGCAGCAGCAGCAGCAGCAGCAGCAGCAGCAACAGUUUGUGGUCCAUCAGAGCCAAGCUUCCCAGAGGGCCGCGGGCCAGCUGCUGCAGACGGCCUCCAUUCAACCGUCACAGCACCCCGUCCCCGUACUGCCCAAACCUGCUCUUCACCAGGCCUCCAUGCCCAGUCAGCAGGCCACCAUCUUCCACUCCACCAUCAGCCCCCACGCCCUCCACUCCUCCCUCAACCACGCCAAAGCUCAGCCCGUCCAGCUCACUGCCAUCAACCUACAGAUCCAGCCAACGGCCUCUCGACUGGUUCAGGACAGCAAAGAUAAGCCAACCUCACUAGUGGUCAGAGAGACAUGUCCGCCCCCCGCCACACAACCACAACAGCAGCCACAACUGCCACAGCAACAGCAGCAACAGCAGCAACAGCAGCAACAGCAGCAACAGCAGCAACAGCAGCAACCUGCGCCUUCGCCAUCACAACCUACCAAACCUGUCGAGCAUCCCAAGGUCGACCCAGCCACACCAGCUGUUCAGCCACAAGGCGGGGUCUCAACCAAGAGGCCGAUCGCUGCACCUGUGACCCCACCUCCAGCCAUGACCUCAGGAAACGAGAGCGAGGCACCGCCCACCGUGACGGGCACCACGCCGCAGAACGGAGAGAACAAACCGCCCCAGGCUAUCGUCAAGCCCCAGGUCCUCACGCAUGUCAUCGAGGGCUUUGUCAUCCAGGAGGGAGCCGAGCCGUUCCCCGUGUGUGUGGAGCGUCUGCCCAUUCUUAUCGACAGCCCAAAGAAGCUGGAUCAUCAGCUCUCCUCCGACCCCGACAAAACCCCCGUCAGCAACGCAGCAAACACCGACUCUGAGCCUGAGGACAUGACCGAAAAAGACCAAGAACCCAAGCUGACAUGUGAAUACUGUGGCUGGGUCGACUUUGCCUACACGUUCAAAGGCUCUAAAAGAUUCUGCUCCAUGGUUUGUGCAAAGAGGUACAACGUGGGCUGUACGAAGCGGAUAGGCCUUUUCCGUCCAGAGAGGAGUAAACCGACGAAUCGCUGGCGUAGAAGAUCUCCGGGUCGCUCCAGUAUAGAGGCGAAGAAGCAGAAGCUGUCCCCGUCGCCGCAGCAGACUCAGGGCGGUUCUGUAUCCUCGCCGCAUCCCUCGCAGCCCAGUCAGGAGGAUUCCAGCCCGUGUUCGGACAUGUCCAGCUACGAGGAGCCGCCGUCUCCCCUGUCGGCUGCCAGCUCGGGACCCCUGGCACCGGCUCCGGUCCCGGCUCAGGUCCCCGUCCACCGGCAUCCCAGCAGGGCCUCGGAUCAGGAGGGCUGCGUCGUUAGAGAUUCGCCUUCGCUCUGUCAGCGCUUCUUACCCAACGACCCCACCAAGUGGAACGUGGAAGAAGUUUACGAGUUCAUCCGUUCGCUGCCAGGUUGUCAGGAGAUAGCAGACGAGUUUCGCUCUCAGGAGAUUGACGGACAGGCCUUGCUCCUGUUGAAGGAGGACCACCUCAUGAGCACCAUGAACAUUAAACUGGGACCCGCACUCAAGAUCUUCGCACGCAUCAACAUGCUCAAAGACUCUUAGCAGGAAAAGAGUGUCGUGCAUUCAUCUUAAUGCUCCUUCGCCUUUUCUCACAAUAAGAUUCUCACGGCUCUGGAAUACAAAGACUGAAUGCAGAGAAACCGUUUACGCAGUUUCUUAUGUGACAUUGAUUUCCCUUUCAUGAGGAACUUGCCAGCUUUUCCUCCUGUAGAUUUAAACUGCUUACAAAUGAUUUUUCACCGCUUUUUCCAAAAUAAUUUACUAAAAUGUGACAUUGAUUUCUUGUCUGGGUUUCAUAGGAGGACACUAAGUUAUCUGAGGAACAAUUCGGGUGUGCUGCUCUCUUCGCACAGCCCGACUUUUGGCACUUAUUUUCCUUUUCGUUUGCUUUAAUGUUAUGAGACACUCCACCUAAAGUGAGAGCAGCAGCAUUUAUGCAGCAAUGCAAACAAGUUUAUAUGUACAUAGCAGCUUGAUUGAGGAGAAAGACUGAAACUAAGUGUGAAGCUGUUGGUUUUUUUUUUUUUAAGUUAUCCUUGUUUUAAAACAGAAAUUUAAUUGUGUUCAAUAUUUUGAAAUAUGCAAAUGUAUAAAUAUCAUGGCCCAGGAGUUGUUUUUCUAACGCUUUUUUUUCUAAUGAAAUAUGUUCAAAUUUAUUUGUGUUUUGUGGCUGUGAUGGAAGGUCAACUUUUUUAGAUAAGGCUUUGUCAAAUGCUUGUAUUUAUCAAAACAGUUUGUUACAUGACAUUUUGCAAUUAUAAAUAAUUUGCAAUACAGUUCUUUCUUGGG